UUGAAAUGUUGGCACUGAAAUAAUCGUUUCUUAUCAACUAGUUUGCCAUAGGUGCAAGGACAGGUAACCAUUUCCCGGUGUGUUUUGUUGCUUCAGAGAAUCAUGUUUUCUGUUAUCACAGUAAGUGACACUUGCUCGAAUGGCACUGCUAACGAUACGAGUGGACCACAUCUCGUUAGUUUGAUUAAAAGCAAACUGAACAGCUCGGACGUCAACUACUUGGUCAUUCCCGAUGAAGUCGAAAUGAUUAAGCAAUCUCUUAUCUAUGCCGCUGACGUUCUUCGAGUAAGUGCGGUUUUCACCACUGGAGGAACAGGCUUCGCUCCUCGUGAUGUGACUCCGGAGGCAACUAAAGCUGUCCUUACCAAAGAGGCUCCUCAACUGACACUAGCAAUGACGUUAAAAAGUUUGGAGAAAACAAAAUUUGCAGUUCUUUCCAGGGCGGCUUGUGGGGUACGUAACCGUACAUUGAUUGUGAAUUUUCCGGGCAGCAAAAAGGCCGUUGAAGAAUGUUUUCUCGCUAUCGUGGAUGUAGUACCCCACAUGUUGCAGCUUUUAAAUGACGACAUUCCGAAGGUUAAGGAAACGCACAAGAAAAUACAAUCAGAAGAAAGCAGCGAACACGUGCACGUUUGUCCCCACGCUACGGGUAAAGGUGGAGACGAUCGAAACUCUCCGUUUCCCAUGAUCGAUGUAGAUGAAGCGCUUCGAAUUAUUCUCGCUUCUAUUGCGUCGAAGUCCAAUCCAAAGAAGCAAAUCAGCCGGAUCAACAUUCCUCCUUUUCGGGCUUCGAUUAAAGAUGGGUAUGCUUUGAAGUCAAUAGGUGGAAAAGGAGUUAAACGAGUCGUUGGAUAUGUGCCUGCCGGUAACGGUAUAAUCCGUGACAAUUUCAACAUUGAUGAGUGCUACAAGAUAAACACAGGUGCUCCGGUACCUGGACAAGCAGAUGCAGUGAUUCAAAUUGAAGACACAAAACUGGUUUCUGCUGAUAAUGACAUUGAGAAAAUUAUCGAGGUACUUGCUGAUCCCAGUCCAAAUCUGGACAUUCGAUCUAUUGGCAGCGACCUGCGAAUGGCUGAGGAGGUAUUUGAAUACCGAUUUCCGCUGGAUGCUGCUCAAAAAUCAUUACUAGCGUCAAUCGGUGAACCACCGAAAGUAGAAAAACUAAAGGUAGUGGUUAUUUCAACAGGAGAUGAACUUGUCCAUCCAUACGAAGGAUCAAACCAAGUCGAAGGGAAAAUUUACGAUUCUAAUACCACGAUGCUAGUUCAGCUAAUACGACAAUUUGGAUUCAACGAAGAGCAAUGUGAAAUGCAACAGCUCGUUGUCAAUGAUGACUACGACUCUCUGUGCAAAGAAGUUCAAGCUCUAACCGGGGUAGUACAUGCCAUCAUUUGUACUGGUGGAGUGUCAAUGGGUGACAAAGAUUUCGUAAAACCUGUCUUGAAGGAUUUGAAAUUCGAUUUGAAGUUUGGGCGAGUAAACAUGAAACCGGGAAAGCCAUUUACAUUCGCAAGUAAAGAUAAAACUUUAUUUUUCGGUCUACCUGGAAAUCCGGUUUCUGCAUUUGUCACAUUCCAUCUGUUUGCGUUGCCAGCAUUGAGAAAAUAUUUGGCCACCAUAAACGAAACCCCAGGUGGCACGGCUAAAUGUACAUUGUCUAGAGUAGCUGUUGAGCUUCUAACUGAACAUUUUGAUUUGGAUCCCAGACCAGAAUUUGUUCGAGCCAGCAUCGUUUCGAAAAAUGAUAAGCUUUAUGCUAAAAUAAUCGGAAGGCAGAUCAGUAGUCGUCUCAAGAGUAUUGUGGAAGCCGAUUGCUUGCUGCAUCUUCCGGGACGGUCCUCCUCGAAAACAUCAGUCACCAUGGGUGAGCAAUUUACGGCUUCGAUAUUGCGUUCAGAUUUCAUUUCCGAAUAUGAAUAGUGACCAAGUAAUCCAAUAGCAACAUAGUGUAGGUCAUAUACUGCCCAUAAUCGCAUAUCAGUCCCAUAUGGAUAGGAAAUCAAGCAAAGAUGGGACUGAUAUGUGAUUAUGGGUAGUAUAGCACAGACAUAAACGUAUGAAUUGCUUUAAAGCGGUUGCAAUUAAUU